UUAGAACCGAUCGAGAAUUUUUAAAAAAAUAAAAAGAUUCACAGACAACUUUAUUUUUCGCAGGAGAUAAGCUUUACUAGGAAAUAAAUUCUUAAUUUAUUAAUCUACAAUGCUUGGCUGACAAUAUAAUUAAUUAGCAACGAUAAUUAUUUCCCAUCAGGUUAUUCAAAAAAAUAAAACCUCUGCAAAGAAGUGUGUAUAUAAGAUGGAGAGCAUGAGUAUAUUCCGAUAAUAAAUGCAUCUAACGAAUAGUUUGCUAGGGAAUUUCAUUUGGUCACCGUUGACGAAGAGUUGUAAACAAAGAUGGCGAAAGUGAAAUAUUACGUAUUUCUUUUUUUUAUCGUACAAAUAUUUUUAACAGUGGCCAGCCUGGAAUGUAAUUACUGCUUCAGUCGUAAUUCUAUGGAAGAUUGCAUUACCAAUCAACGUAAAGCAACAUGUAGAGAUGGUUCAAAGUGUUUCGUGUCCGAAACAGAGAUAUACGAAGAUCACAAAUUUUACGAAAAGGGCUGUAAAAAGUCUACUCAAUGCAACCCAGUGGGUGUUUGCGGUUCCACCAGUGGAUGUACAUUUAAAUGUUGCGAGGAUCAUUUGUGUAACUCGUCUGGAAAUUUAAAGCGAAAUUAUCUACUAUUCUUAGCUGCAAUAAUCCUGUCGCUUAUUGUGACACAAAACUAAAUACGACAGAAGCACGUUUCUUUGUAUCAUAAGUCAUAUUGAACUAUUUGGCAAACUGAAAAAGAAUAUCGGAUGACUAUUAAUCCAAGAAGUAGUAUGAAUCAACCUUGGAUUAUUUGGGUACAACGAUAUUUUUAGAGCAAAGAAGACAAAAACUUGCAAAAUAUCAGAAAUGGUAAUAAAAACGUCGGCUUGCACUUGCGCAAAUGUUAUGAUUGGUAAAAUUUGCAAUGGUAUCUCCUUGAACAUAAAAUGAAAUGGAACUAAUCAUUCUAUGUUGUAUAUUUUAUUUUUCCGUUAAUAUGUUUUUAAAGCUUUUUUGUAACACGUCACACUGCCUGUG